AUGUAUAUCCUCUCUCAGUCUUUAUAUCUCUCACGCUGUUUAUCAUUAUCUGUCUCUCUCUCUCUCUCUCUCUCUCUUACUCACGCUCUCUGUCUAUCACGCUCUAUCACUUCAUCUCUCUCUCUCACGUUCGCUAUCAUCCUCUCUCACUCAUUAUCUCUUUUUCUCUCACCCUCUCUUUCUAUCAUCCGAUCUCUCUCUAUCAUACUCCCUGUCCAUCAUCCUCUCUCUCACGCUCUCAGUCUAUCAUCAUCUCUCACUCUUUCACUCUCACGAUCUCUAUUUAUGAAGCUCUAUCACUCUUUAUCUCUCUCUUGUUCUCUCACUCUUUCCCUCUCACGCUAUCAUACAAUUUCCCUCUUGAUCUCUCACGCUCUCAGUUUAUCAUCCUCUUUCAUUCUUGAUCUCAUCCUCUCUCUCUCUCCACACCUCUCUCUCUCUUUCAGGCUCUCUAUCUGUUUCCAUACUCUUAGGAUCCUUUAA